AGGUUUACAAACUGGCAAUGCUGAACGAGCUUUCUGUUUGUUUAUUUUAUGAGUUGUUUCUCUUUAAUAUUCUGUUGAAAUGAUAAAUAUCUUGAUACGAAGCAAAGUUAAGUUGAACAUACCGGCAUUUGUAGCAAUCUGUUCUCGAACAAAAAUGUCAUCGGCUCAGAAAAUGAAGCUAUCUGAAGAAGACAGGACAAACAAGUUGUCACCUUUACUAAACGCUGGAUGGUCUAUGGUAGACAAAAGAGAUGCCAUUCACAAAGAAUUUGUGUUUAAAAACUUCAACGAGGCGUUUGGAUUUAUGACUCGCAUUGCGAUGCAAGCAGAGAAGAUGGACCACCAUCCUGAGUGGUUUAACGUGUACAAUAAAGUCCAGAUAACAUUAAGUAGCCAUGACGUAAGUGGAUUAUCGGAUAGGGAUGUCCGACUAGCGAACUUUAUUGAGAAAGCCGCUGAAUUCGUCAAAGUCAAAUGAAGACGGAUUACGGAAUCAUGAUUGAUUUUCUCAGUGUCAAAUUUAUGGGGUCAUUGCUUAUAAAUGUGCCUUGUUUGGAAAAAAACAAACAAAUAAACAUUUAAUUUCGAAUGAUGACAUUUCUUCUAGCUUUAAAUGUUGCAUUGCUUUAAGUGUAAAAGAAUUAAAUCAAAGCUGCAUUCAGGGACUUAUUAAGUGUGUUACUUACUUAGUUACACAAAGUCUAUAUUUCAAAUGCUAAAUGUCAAGUUUUUUUUUUCUUACAUUGAUUUUAUAACAAAAAUGCUUUUUUUCAUCGAAAUUCCUAAAUUUCGAGGGUAUUUUAUUUCUUAUUAUUGUACUUCCAUUUGUAUUUGGAAGAAUUUACUAAUGACAUGCAUUAAUUGCAUUAAAUUUAACAAUUUGUGCACGUUUUUUACCUUAUGAAUAUGAAUAUUUAUGAGUAAUUAAACUGAAAAAGUCAUAGAUUUUUCAUAUAAAAUAUUUGCAACAUUUUAAUGUGGCAAUGCUUUAGGUGUAAGUGAAAUAAGAAUUAAAUUGAUCUAGAAAGGCUUAAAAUAAUUAAAUAAUCUAUUGUUGCUCUGUUUGCAUACUUUUUGAUUGUUAUUUUAAAUUUAACAAUGAAAUCAGAAAUUAGUCUGUAAAAAUAUGUUGUUGUUUUUUAAAAACUUUUUUGUAGCAUUUCUUUUGAUGUAAAGGAAUACUUAAGUAACAAAACUAAAAUAUGGUCGUUUCGUUCAGUGAAAUUUAUAACUUUUUUUAAAUAUUAGAACGAAAAAAAAAACUGCUAUCUUUGGAAUAAUGUAAAAUUUUUAUUUAAUUAAAUAUAAUAUAUUCAUCAAAAACUUUUUUAACAAUUUUUUUAUUGUCUUUUAAGCAAAAUUGCUUUGCUUUAAUUUAUUUUUUAUUCUUGAUUUAUUCUAGGGAAUAUUUGGAUAAUUAACUGAGUAUAUCAAAAAGUAAAUGAACUGCAUGGCAACAACGUUAUUAAUUUCAGGAUUUCAAAGUUUUUUCUCUAAAAAAUUGGCAUAUUUCAAACUUUCUUUCUAAAUGAUCAUAUUCUUUCUAAAUGAAAUCAAAUGGAAUUAUUUUUUUUUGCAUUAGGCCGAGCGAUUUACUAUUUUAAAUACUUUUUUGGUUGUUUUUCUAAUAUUGAUUCUGAUAAAUUUUAAAACGCUAGAAAUAAGGAGGACUCAAAUUAUUAUUAAUGUUUAUAAAAAUAUGUCUGCAGUAACGGUACGUUACAACCUGUGGUACUUGCUUUGUCAAUGUGCAGCCCUUCCAAGCAAAAAUUAAUUGAAAAAAACUACAUUAUUAGGUAAUUAAAUACCACGAAGAAGCUUUUUCUUUGAUUAAGUUAGUUUAAAUAUACUUUGAAAAAUAAGCAAAAUAAAACACUGAAGUAAUAAACUUAAAAUUUCAUUGUGUAGUGGUACCAAUUCGUUUAAAAAGACUUAAGUCUUUUUACUGCUUUUUAAAAGCGUGUGUAAGACAAUUAUUUAAUAAAAUCUUAGAGAUAUUUAAAUUUUAAGUAAUUGAUAUGCGGUAAAAAAUAAUAAAAUUACUGUAAUUUUAUUUCGUAAAGCUUCAAGACAUCAAAUAUUUUUAUUUCCAGAAUAUUAUACCAAUAUACUUGUGUCGUAUAAUUUUGAAGACGUAUAUUCAUAUUGUUCUUAUUACACUGAGAAAUAAUUUAGUUACCAUUAAGUGACACAAAAACAGAAUUCAUUGCUCGGCCCUCUUCUGAAAAGAUGAGUGUCACGAUGAAUGCAGUUUUUGUAUCAUUUUGAUUUUGUAUCAGCAUGUGCACCCUAGUCUGCAUCAUUGUUAAAUAUUGAUGUUACUCGCAUACUUUGUUAGAGUAUGUUUCCUAGAUUUUACAUGUUUGUUAGGCGUGAAAAGUAUAAACAAAUUGCUUUUGUUAUGCUGUAUCUAAAUACAGGAUGUUAGAUUAAAUACAGGAUUACUCAUACAGGAUUACCUAAAUACAGGAUUACUAAAUUAGAUUGACAGUUUUAAAAAAUUAUAAAAUAAAACGGUAAAAAUUAAAAAAAAAAAAUCGAAACAACAAUUCAUUUUAAUUCUUCCCCCCAGAGUUUCUGUUUUCAACUCAAAGAUUUUUCCUGGUACAGCGAGUUGUUCUACCGUUUGUUUCAUUGCGUUUUGAUGUAAGCAAAUUUCUUCCUAUGAAUACAACACGAGAAUGUGGACAUUUUGAAAAUAUAGUAAUGUUUUUAUUUAUUGAAAGAUUUCGAAAAAGUGUGAUGUGAUUUUCAAUUGCUUUUAUUCGUUUUACAGGUUUUCUUUUUGCCGCGCCAUCUGACGAAACAAUGUUAAACUGAAAAAAGAAACUCUGGGAAAAAAAUUUAUACUCUGUCACAUAAAUUUUCUGCUGGAGUUGUUUUUUUCCCCCUAAUUAUGCAUUUACAAAAACCAAAGUUUAAUUUUGUACGCUCUUUAUAAAUUAAAUGUGAGCUUAAUAUAUUUUUUCAUGCAAGGAUAAGUCACUAUAUUUAAUGAUCAUAAAAUAAAUAAAUACCAUUCCACGUAGAUUGAUGAAUGCUGAAAAUUCCAUAUUUUUUCCUUAUGGGUAUUGAUAUUUUGUAUGUUAAGUUGAGGGGUGUAAGAACUUGGUAAGUUCAAAUUGUUGUUGCUUGUCAUUUGAAAUAAAAAAAGGGACAUUUAUUUUUUGCAGUUCUUUCCACUUUAUUUACUUUAAUAAAGAUAACUAGAUAAUCCUCUAAUCAAAGUAGCUAUACUGAAAACUGUCAAAAAAGCAUUUUUUUUUCUUUGGAAAUAUUUGACUUACCUGGUUUUUAAUCCAAGGCCCCUCUGUUACUGUUUUUUAAACAUGUGUUUGGAGCUUUAAUAAAUGUUUAAAAUUUAAUUGUGCCAAGAUGAUAAUUGUUUUAUUUGCUGCUCAAUAAAGUAAACCGAAUAUAC